CUGACCGAUAGAGGCCGGUAGAGGACUGUGGAGAAGGAAAGUUUAUAACCAGCAGCACCAGGAUGGACUUCCCUGCUACCCAACCAAAACCUGCUGCCGACGGGAAAAUCAUCUACUAUCCUCCUGGAGUGAAGGAGAUUACAGACAAAAUUACCAACGAUGAAGUAGUUAAACGGUUAAAGAUGGUCGUAAAAACUUUCAUGGAUAUGGACCAGGACUCGGAGGAUGAGAAGCAGCAGUAUCUCCCAUUAGCCUUGCACCUUGCAUCUGAAUUCUUCCUCAGGAAUCCUAAUAAAGAUGUGCGCCUCCUUGUAGCAUGUUGCUUGGCUGAUAUCUUUCGUAUCUAUGCUCCUGAAGCUCCAUAUACUUCCCAUGACAAACUUAAGGACAUAUUCUUGUUUAUUACAAGACAAUUAAAAGGCUUGGAGGACACGAAGAGCCCUCAAUUUAACAGAUACUUUUACUUGUUAGAGAAUUUAGCUUGGGUUAAAUCUUACAACAUCUGCUUUGAGUUGGAAGAUUGCAAUGAAAUUUUUAUUCAGCUUUUUAGGACUCUUUUUUCAGUUAUCAAUAAUAGCCACAACCAGAAGGUACAAAUGCAUAUGCUGGAUUUGAUGAGUUCUAUCAUCAUGGAAGGCGAUGGAGUAACUCAGGAGCUGCUGGACUCCAUUUUGAUUAACCUCAUUCCUGCACACAAGAACCUUAAUAAACAAGCAUUUGAUCUUGCAAAAGUCCUGUUGAAAAGGACCGUCCAGACCAUUGAACCAUGUAUUGCCAAUUUUUUUAACCAGGUUCUGGUACUGGGAAAAUCUUCAGUAAGUGACUUAUCAGAACAUGUGUUUGACUUGAUACAAGAGCUUUUUGCAAUAGAUCCUCACUUACUGCUGUCUGUCAUGCCACAGCUUGAAUUCAAGCUGAAGAGCAAUGAUGGAGAAGAACGUUUGGCUGUUGUUCGACUUCUGGCUAAACUCUUUGGCUCCAAAGAUUCUGAUCUGGCCACACAAAAUCGUCCUCUUUGGCAGUGUUUUCUUGGGCGGUUCAAUGAUAUCCAUGUCCCUGUGAGAUUAGAGAGUGUGAAAUUCGCCAGUCAUUGUUUAAUGAACCAUCCAGACCUAGCAAAAGACCUCACUGAAUAUUUGAAGGUUAGAUCACACGACCCAGAAGAAGCCAUUCGACAUGAUGUUAUUGUUACGAUUAUCACUGCGGGCAAGAGAGAUCUCUCCUUAGUCAAUGACCAGCUGCUUGGCUUUGUAAGGGAAAGGACGCUAGACAAACGGUGGCGAGUAAGAAAAGAAGCUAUGAUGGGUCUUGCCCAGCUCUACAAGAAAUACUGUCUUCAUGCCGAGGCUGGAAAAGAUGCUGCAGAGAAAGUGAGCUGGAUAAAGGAUAAACUUUUGCACAUAUAUUAUCAAAAUAGCAUUGAUGACAAGUUACUGGUUGAGAAAAUCUUUGCUCAGUAUCUUGUUCCACACAAUUUGGAAACAGAAGAGCGAAUGAAGUGCUUGUACUAUUUGUAUGCUAGCUUGGAUCCAAAUGCUGUUAAAGCACUGAAUGAGAUGUGGAAGUGCCAGAACAUGCUGAGGAGUCACGUACGAGAAUUACUAGACUUGCAUAAGCAGCCCACUUCAGAAGCAAACAGUGCUGCCAUGUUUGGAAAGCUGAUGACCAUAGCAAAAAACCUUCCAGAUCCUGGCAAAGCACAAGAUUUUGUGAAGAAAUUCAAUCAAGUUCUGGGUGAUGAUGAGAAACUUCGGUCCCAGCUUGAACUGUUAAUUAGCCCUACAUGUUCUUGUAAACAGGCAGAUGUCUGUGUGAGAGAGAUAGCCCGGAAGCUUGCAAAUCCGAAGCAGCCAACAAAUCCUUUUCUGGAAAUGGUCAAAUUUCUUUUGGAAAGAAUUGCCCCUGUACAUAUUGACUCAGAAGCCAUUAGUGCACUAGUAAAACUUAUGAAUAAAUCCAUAGAGGGGACAGCUGAUGAUGAAGAGGAGGGUGUAAGUCCUGAUACUGCUAUUCGUGCAGGACUUGAACUUCUCAAGGUUCUGUCCUUUACACAUCCUACCUCGUUCCACUCUGCAGAAACCUAUGAGUCUCUGCUACAGUGCCUCAGGAUGGAAGAUGAUAAAGUAGCUGAGGCAGCCAUACAGAUUUUCAGAAACACGGGUCACAAAAUAGAAACAGACUUGCCACAGAUAAGAUCAACACUAAUUCCGAUUUUGCAUCAGAAAGCAAAAAGAGGCACUCCUCAUCAGGCAAAACAAGCUGUUCACUGUAUACAUGCCAUAUUUUCAAAUAAAGAAGUGCAGCUUGCACAGAUAUUUGAGCCUCUUAGUAGAAGUUUGAAUGCCGAUGUACCAGAACAACUUAUAACUCCGUUAGUCUCAUUGGGUCAUAUUUCUAUGUUGGCUCCAGAUCAGUUUGCUUCUCCAAUGAAAUCUGUUGUUGCAAAUUUCAUUGUGAAAGACCUCUUAAUGAAUGACAGGUCAACAGGUGAGAAAAACGGAAAGUUGUGGUCUCCAGAUGAAGAAGUUUCUCCAGAAGUACUAGCAAAGGUGCAAGCAAUUAAGCUUUUGGUACGUUGGCUGUUGGGUAUGAAAAACAACCAGUCGAAAUCUGCGAAUUCCACCCUCCGGUUAUUGUCAGCCAUGCUUGUCAGUGAAGGAGACUUGACAGAACAGAAGCGAAUCAGUAAAUCAGACAUGUCUCGACUGCGAUUAGCUGCUGGUAGUGCAAUAAUGAAGCUUGCACAGGAGCCCUGUUACCAUGAAAUAAUUACCCCAGAGCAGUUCCAGCUCUGUGCACUUGUCAUUAAUGAUGAGUGCUACCAAGUGAGGCAGAUAUUUGCCCAGAAACUGCAUAAGGCACUUGUGAAAUUAUUACUCCCUUUGGAAUAUAUGGCAAUCUUUGCUUUGUGUGCCAAAGACCCUGUGAAAGAGAGAAGAGCGCAUGCCAGACAGUGCUUGCUCAAAAACAUCAGUAUACGACGAGAAUAUAUUAAGCAGAAUCCUAUGGCUAAUGAAAAAUUGCUAUCCUUGUUGCCUGAAUAUGUGGUACCGUAUAUGAUUCACUUACUGGCACAUGAUCCAGAUUUCACAAAACCUCAGGAUGUUGAUCAGCUUCGUGAUGUCAAAGAGUGCCUGUGGUUCAUGCUUGAAGUUUUAAUGACAAAGAAUGAGAACAAUAGUCAUGCCUUCAUGAAAAAAAUGGCAGAAAACAUCAAGCUUACUCGAGAUGCUCAGUCUCCUGAUGAGCCAAAGGCCAAUGAAAAACUUUAUACAGUAUGUGAUGUAGCACUGUGUGUAAUCAACAGCAAAAGUGCUUUGUGCAAUGCAGAUUCACCAAAGGACCCUGUAUUGCCAACCAAAUUCUUUACACAACCUGAAAAGGAUUUCUGCAAUGACAGGAAUUAUAUUUCAGAAGAGACAAGGGUUCUUCUUUUGACAGGAAAGCCAAAACCAACUGCUGUAUUAGGUACAGUAAACAAACCAUUAUCUGCAACUGGAAGGAGACCAUAUAUUAGAACUACAGGAUCAGAGACUGGAAGCAGUAUCAGUGUGAACUCUGAGCUGAGCUCUUCUGCAGGAAACAGAUCAAGGGAACAAAGCUCAGAUAUUUCAGAGACGGGGGUCAGUGAAAAUGAUGAAAAUCCUGUGAGGAUUAUUUCAGUCACACCAGCGAAGACAGAACCUGUGAAAAAGAAGGAGAUUAAUUCUGAUCAGGCUACACAAGGAAACAGCACUGAACGUGGAAAAAAAAGAACAGCCACGGCAUCUGGAACUGAGAAUAUUCAUCAAAAACCAGAAGAAAAAAAUGUAGAUGAAACAGGACCAUCACUCGCAGCAAAAACCAGGAGAGGGCGUCCAUCCAAACCUGAACCUCAGGGUACCACUGCAAAAAAUGAGGAAACAAAUAAACCACCUGUCAGGGGAAGGAAAAGGGCAGCAGUCAGUCAAGAAAGUCCAGGGAGUAUAGAGGCAGGUAAUGCUAAAGCACCAAAACAGCAAGACACAGCAAAAAAGCCAGCAGCAGCACAGAGGCAAAUUGAUCUACAAAGGUAAAAAGAAAACUCGCUCGAAAAGGGAGGAAGUGAAGGCCAAAUAAAGGCAUGCUCCAAGCUUCUGCAAAAACUAGGAUUCAGAAAUUUCCUGUACAGGAACUGAAAUUACUUCAAAACACACAGCUUUCAGCUCUGAAACCAGAAGGAAAAACUAUGCUUCCCUUUCACACGAAAUUAAUCCUUCUCGAUGGAAAUGUAAAGCAGAAACUCUUGAGAAAGAGGCUAAAAGCAUCUGUACUUAUUUCCCCAGAGACUUUUUUUAUGAAAAGUCAAUAAUUAAGCAAAUUGCUUAACACUUGGUUCCAGUUCCUGCAUUCUGGAGUUUAAAAGUGUAUUUACACCAUUAAUUUUCAUGCUGCAUUUUUUUUUUUUUUAAAAGAAAGUCAGAGAAGGUCCUUACACUGACAUUGAAAAUUCAUAAUCCUAGAGCCAGGUAUUCCCAUAUUUCACAGAAAAAGUAGAAGUCUACUGAAUGGGUUUUAAACAAGACUAGA